UGGGUAUUCAUUGUGAAAUUACCACUCAAAAUUGAAACAACAGCGGCGGAUAGCCAAGUAAAAUCGUAUCGCAAAACAGCAAAGUAAACGUUUAAAGUGAAUUACAAAAACAAUUUUGCGCGAAAAGAAUUUCAUAACAAUACAAGAGCAAACAAAAACAACAAGAAAAAGAACUGAAAGCCAUUGAGCAAACAGCAAUAGUUGACAAAAGCAAAGCAAAUAAAAAAAAGUCUAUUGAGACCAAAAGCAAACACUCAAACACCCACAACAAGCCCCGUGUUGUCGUCAAGUGUAAUCGGAGCAGCAACUGAAAGUAGUUUUGUGAAAAUUGAUUCAUACAAGGAGAAGCAUUUUAAUUGCAACAACAAAAACAAUAUGGUCGUGGAAGCUAUGCAGAUUCAAUCCUAUCACCAACAACAAAACCCCCAAACCAAUUCGAUGGAUUUAAAAAUGGAUUACGCGAAAAUUGGACGCACUAUCAAGAGUGCCCUGAUGAAGGCCCAGACUGAGUCUCGUGUCAUUGUGGGCCUGAGUGCCGCCAUCAAAGUUCUAUCUAAGGCCCCUGAAGGUUCACUCUUCUGCCUGAUGGCUGUGCCACAAGCCGGCGACUCUGCCACCCACAUGCACGAAGUGCUGCUGGAAGCCUUUUGCUAUGAAAACGACAUCUAUGUCAUCAAGGUGGAUUGCCCCAUCAAAUUGAGCCGCAUUUUAGGCAAAACCAAUGUCGAGUCCUGCUGCUUGGUCCAGAAAACAUGGACCGGCGAACAGAAUGAAGAACAACUAAACAAACCCGAAUCUCUACUGGUUGAUUUCUGUGAAGCCAACUGGGAUGCUGCUGAGAAUCCAGUGGUGGAGCUGCCCAAUGUGUGAGCCCUUUUGCGGUGUUAAUCAGCAGUACGAGGGCAUAUUUGAACAAUUCCCCAUAUCGUGUGGGAAUGUACCUUAAACUACUUGAGAUUAUGAUGACCAAAAAGAAAACCAGAGAGAACGCUGAAAACGUUUGGACUUUAAAUAGUUGCUAAGAACAAUUCGAAGAUUACCCUACACGAUGAACGAUGUAUAAUCUUUGUAGCCGAAGCGACAAUCCGACGUUUAUGGUGUUCAUUAACAAACAAAUAAAUUGUAAUGCCAAUAUUUACAAAAACCAACAACAACAAUCUACAAUACUGGAGUAUAUAUUAUUAAGAACAAAAAAAUAGCAGCAGACACAGCCGCCAACAUAACGCAAGGUUGAUUACAUUCUCCAGGAAAACUUAUAACAGGCAAUUGCUGAAUGCAGCUGUAGAGACAUUGCAAUUGCCGCAAAAUUUAUUAGACGUACUACAACAACAACCACACAACAAAUUUGAUAUUUCAUCAUUAGCACGAGUCAAGACAACAAAUCUCGUUUUAAGCGAUGGACUUUCCAACCCCUACCUCAGCCAAGGGGCAAAGGCAGCAGCAGCAGCUCUAGUCUGUAGGAAAAAAUAUAUAAUAAUUAAUUAAUCUUAAUUAAAUCUAAGCUAAAAGCAAACUUUUUUUUUUGUUAUUAAGCCUCUAUAUUUUAUUUACGAAAUGGAAAAAAGCUGAAAAAUAAGCAAAAACAUGUUAUUGAAAUAUUAACGGAAAAAAUCGAUUUCAUUUGUUAUUGUUACCUUUUUUUGUUGUUAUAAACAAAUAGAUUUCAUUGUUUUCCUUGGAAAUAAUUUUUGUUUAACUAAAUACGAUUCAAAAUUGUAAUUGUUAUGUUAGCUUUUCGUAGGCAUUCCAUUCUUGUAUUAAGAAAACAAAACAACAACAUUUUUA